GUUUCGUCGAGUACCGUUCAACCGAGCACACAAGACACGCACACGCACACGCACACGCACACGCACACGCACACGCAGGCAGCAUAUAGCCGCAGCCUCCAUUUUCGCGGUCCAACCGGUGUCGGAGUUGGUCGAAAAAAGGAACAACUAGUACCUACAGGGAGCCGCGGGAGCGGAAAGACGCGAAACCGAGGAAACUGGUUCAUUCAUCCCUCGAGGAGCCGGAGGAGCCCAACGGUUUACCUGGACAUCGGGUGACCAGGAGGGAGCCGGAAGGGGGGUCGCCCUCCCUUCUCCCACUAUUACACAGGGCGGGUGAGCUGCACCACCCCUUAUGCUUCGGUAGGGGCGCGUUUCGCUGCCAAAGCCAAACCCGUCACAGUCAAACUACAACCGUUCACACCGAGAGUUGGGCUCGUGCCGAUUGAACGCCGCAUGCAGCCUGGCAGUCGAGUCUUCGCCGAUCGUUUUCACCCGACAACCUCGGAGGGCUGUUGCUAAAUACUUUUUCCACACCUGCGCACCCCCACCAGACUCUCGCCCUCGUUCGUUGCAAAGAUACCGCCUUCGACUCAUUCGACACACCUCUGAAAGGGCCUUCGGUUUUAUCGAUAAGACAGAUACGGCGCCGAGCUGAGACGUGCCCUUGUUUCAUUUAGCUUUUCUACAAUCUUUUUUUUUUCUCACAUUCCGAUAACAUCUGCAUCAAACCGACACUGCGACGACGUCGAGGAAUAGAAAGCUGUUAACGUGCCGGAAGAAUUACUCGCACUAUUCCACCUUCGGGGGACAGUGUAUAAUCGUCGAUUGAGUGCGCGAUAAUAUACACGACUCUGAUGGCCCAGUGAUGUUCCUUUGAUAUACUUGGAGUUGGGUUGCCGGGCUGGUGCGAGAGUGAGUCAGUGACAUUGUGCUACAGGACGAAACCGCGACACAACCCUCAGGAAAGAUGAAACUUUGGAUGUUGUUCGGAGCCUUGGCAGUAGCUCUCCCAGUCCUACCCGCGGAUAUCACCAGAAAUAAAAACAGGGGACGCGGCUCGAUGUGGUGGGGUAUCGCGAAGGCUGGAGAACCGAAUAACUUUCCACCAGUAUCACCCGCCGUAACACAUAUGGAUCCAGCGAUCCAUGCAACUCUCAGACGAAAGCAGAGAAGAUUGGCACGAGAAAAUCCUGGAGUGUUGAUGGCUGUGGCGAGAGGAGCUAAUCAAGCGAUAGUCGAGUGUCAGCAUCAGUUUAGAAAUCGACGAUGGAAUUGUUCGACGAAAAAUUUUCUACGUGGAAAAAAUCUCUUUGGAAAAAUCGUUGAUAAGGGGUGCAGAGAGACCGCUUUCAUCUAUGCGAUAACCAGCGCGGCUGUAACUCACAGCAUCGCGAGGGCUUGCAGCGAAGGCAGCAUCCAGUCCUGCUCCUGCGACUACACCCAUCAGUCGAGAGCCCCGUCGGACGUGCGGGACUGGGAAUGGGGAGGAUGCUCGGACAACAUCGGUUACGGGUUCAAGUUCUCAAGGGAGUUCGUGGACACCGGUGAACGGGGACGAAACCUACGAGAGAAGAUGAACCUGCACAAUAACGAGGCUGGAAGAGCGCACGUCUCGUCGGAGAUGCGAAAAGAGUGCAAGUGCCACGGUAUGUCGGGUUCGUGUACCGUAAAGACGUGUUGGAUGCGUUUACCAAACUUCCGACUCGUCGGUGACAAUCUGAAGGAUCGAUUUGACGGUGCGUCCCGAGUGAUGGUCAGCAACUCGGACAGGGUUCGGGGCAACAGUAACAUGAUAACGAGCAACUCGGCGAGUAACUCGGUCCACGGACAUCGAGAGGGUCUGGGUCGUAAGCACAGGUACAACUUUCAGCUGAAACCUUACAAUCCGGACCACAAAUCCCCCGGCGUCAAGGAUUUGGUGUACCUCGAGCCAUCCCCAGCGUUUUGCGAGAAAAAUCCAAAACUGGGAAUACUCGGGACGCACGGUAGGCAGUGCAACGACACGAGCAUCGGCGUCGACGGUUGCGAUUUGAUGUGCUGCGGAAGGGGCUACAAGACACAGGAGGUCGUGGUCGUCGAGAGAUGCGCCUGCACCUUUCACUGGUGCUGCAAGGUGAAAUGCAAGCUCUGCAGGACUAAGAAAACUAUACACACCUGCUUGUAAGGUAGUGAGUGUGCGGAAGGAUGGCGUGAUAAUUGAUCGAGA